GUGGAGCUCAGACUUCAGGCGUGAGCGCUGCUCAUUGCUGUUUACGACGUUUGAGACUGAAGAGAGUUAACGGGAGUAAAGGAGUCAGAGAAAUAACUCUUCGCCAUGGGAGCUUCUUCCUCCAGUCUUUUAGACGAAACUAAAUGUAACUACAUCAGAGGACGGACCGAGGCUGAGCUAAAUAACUUCAGCCCUCACUUUAAGAGGCAGCACAGUGUGGCAUUUUUUUCCCAGCUGCAGGAUGAAGUGGAACAGCAGCAGACACAUCUAUACACACAGCUUCUCAAGCAGAAGGAGCCACCACAGGCCUCUGAUUUGGUCUAUAAGGAUAGCGUAUUACACUUUGAUGACAGUAAGAAAUGGAAGGAGAGAUGUGUGACAGUGCGGGCAGACUACAGCGUGGAGCUUCAUGACAGCCAGGAGACUUUUGCUAAAGGAACUCCUGCACGUCAAAUACUCCAGCUAACAGGUGGCACGGUGCUGACCUCGGAGGAGAAAUAUUCUGCUCUAGUAGACAAGGCCUUCCCUGAUCUGAACAGCUCUAAAGAGGAGGCUGCUUCACCCAUGAUGACCGUUCCAGGUCCAUUUUCCGUCUUUUUGAGACUCCCAUAUAGGAGAGAUGCCUACUUCAGCUUCCAGGAGGAAGACAAACAGAUUCGCUUCAUCUCCAUUCUCUCUGACUGCAUCCGCCAUCAAAACCACGACACUCUGAAGGAGUCAACAUGUGAAGUCCAAGCCUUUCUAAAGGCCAUUCAUUUCUACAGACAGGAGAAAGGACAUUAUGAAUCAUGGGAGAUGCUUGUAGGCACCGACUGCCAAGUGCUGGCUAACCUGGUGAUGGAGGAGCUCUUGCCGUCUCUGCAGACAGAGCUGCUGCCCAAGCUGAAGGGGAAGAAAGCUGAGAGAAAGAGAGUGUGGUUCACGACUGUGGAGGCGACUUAUGAGCUGGUACAGCAGCAGCUCAAUGAGGGACUGCAGAGGUUAAAGAAGGAGUGCAGUGAGAUUGACAAACAGCAGGAGACACUCAUUCGUUCUGACUUGGACGAGAUCAUCAACUCCAGAAACUUCCUAAAGUCUAAACUGCAAGGCCUAGUCUCAGAACCAGCGAUGAAGUAUUGCUCUGAGAGUGUAUCUCCGUAUCUGGCCUCUAUUCUGGAGGAGUUGAUGGGUCCUGUGAGUUCCGGGUUCCAGGCUGUGAGACAGCGUUUGGAGACAGAACUGAACCGAAUUUGCACGGACUUUCAAUCUGGAGGAAAUAAAGAAGAACUCACUAAAGCUUUAGCGGAGGUGUCUCAUGUUCAGCUGGAGGACUGUUAUCAGCACGUCUCCGUGCUGAAGGAACAGCUACAGGAGCUUCGAAGCCGCUUCAGGUUCUCCAACUCGACAUUGGUGGUGCACAAGACACAAAGCUACAUGCAGCAGCUAAUGGAGAAUGCCGUGUACACAUUCGAGUUGCUGCUUCAGUCAGCUAUCAAAGAUGAACCCGAGAAAUUGGUUACAGUCAUGGAGAAAGCCAAGCUUCGGAUGCUUAAGCAAUAUGACUAUGACAGCAGCACAGUUAGGAAGAGAAUUUUCCAUGAGGCUCUGGUGGACAUCACUUUUCCAGCCAUCAGAAGAAACCUGGCCCCCAGCUGUAAAACUGAGCUCCAGCACUAUGAGCAGUACAUCUUUGCAGAUUACACAAACUUUAUCCAAGUGGAGAACGUCUACGAGGAUAUAAUGCUGAACAUCCUGAAUAAUGAAGUGAACAAAGUGGUAAAAGAAGCAGCCACUCUGAAGAAGCACAACCUGUUUGUGGACAGCACCGAGCUGCAGUGUCUAAGUCAGAGCAGCCUUACAGACAGUCGCACUCCACCUCGCUCUGCCCCAUCCAGUCCAGCCGUAGUGCAAUCUGCAGUUGCAGCACAAAAAGCAGAGCAGAUAUCCAGCUCAUCUAUAGUGGAAAAUGGCAGUUCACAGAAGCAAUCAGUGGAAGAGAAACAAGAAUUGGCAAAUGAAUUAUCUCAGACCGCUGAAGCACAACCAUCUAAACCCAGUGAGCAUUCAGCUUGUGCAUCUGUAGAUUCUCCAGAUCAAUCUAAGAUCCCUUCCCAACCCCUAUCCGAUUCCUCAGCGGGGAAUUGUGAUAUUUCUGUGGAUAAACCUGACAUCGUGUCCUGCACCUCAUUACCAGAAGAAGCUGAUGCUACAGCACAGACCCAAGCUUUGAUAUCUACUGUGAAUGAUUUCAAGACUUCUCCUGUUAUUAUUGUGUCAGAACCUGACUCGAAUGUGGAUCAAACCAUUUCUGUCAACGUACCAAUUGAAGUUAAUACAGAAAAUCCUGUUCUUCCAGCUUCUGUGCAAGAAAAUCAGAGUGUCAGUGCUUUAGAAGAGACAAAGGUUGAGAGUGCAAAUCAGUGUCAUUCUGAGAUCUGUGAUGCCGUGCUUGCAACCACUGAGGAGCCACAGAGUGGUACAGUCCAGCCUGAUACAACCGAAGCUGAAAAUAAUUCAGGUCCCCAGACUAAGGACACAGAAGACACACAAAUAGAAACACAUUUCUGCGAAUCCUCUUCCACUAAAGAUGACACCGCAGUCACUGAGACACCAGCAGAGAGCAUAAUGGAGAGUUCCAGCAGUACCAACACAAACGGACUCCCCAUUAUCCCUGAUCCUCCAGCAGAGGGCGAGAGUGACAUGACUGCACACUCAGACGAGGUAGUGUCUGAAGGCACCACAGCUCCACACCGAGACUCUGUCAGUGAGGAUGAAGAAGCAGAAGCAGCACUGGACAGUGUGAAGUGCAUCAGAGAUCUGGUGGUGGAAAUAAUUGAGGUAGAGGACAUUGUGAAUCCCUGUCCAGAUAGUAGGGAAACUCAAUAGAGGCCUCUGAAAUAGAGAAGUGAAUGAUCUCCUAGGGGACUUGGACUGCACAAGGGCUUUUAGAAGCAACUAAACAAAAUCGUAUCACAAUAACGUCUAACUCGGUUACUCAAAAUGCUUUUCCUGAAAUAUUGUAAUUAAAUCUUACCACAUUUUUUUGUUUGUUUUUUGUACACUGACAUUCCAAGAUUAAAAAAAGGAUAUCAGAAGUUUAUAUAAUUUUAAAUAUAUAGUUAAGAAUUAGUUUAGUUAGCACUGCACUUUGUAUGUAACACUUAUUCUCUUUUGAAUAUCUCAAUUAUAUUUGCAGAUGCUUUUGUAUGAUUUAGUAUUACAUUCUACUUUAAAAUCAGAUCUCUAAUAAGGGUUUCGCACGGUACAUCAGUGAGCUCCGAGUGCCACUGAGAGCGUAAUCUGGUGUCUAAAUACAAUAUCACUCAUAUAUUGGACUGCUACAUAACUGCAAUAAACAAAUGUUUUCUGUGAGCAUUGUUUUACAAUUCAAAA